AUGUCGAACUUUGACCGUUUUCUGAAAGUAUAUGAUGAGAUUCAGCAAUUUGUGCUCUCAUUUAUGGAAACUAAAUACCAGAUGGACGUCAAUCGAAGACAGUACAUUAAGGAUAUGCUAGACAAUACUUGUCUUGGGGGUAAGUACAAUCGCGGGAUCUGCGUUGUGGAUGUUGCCGAAUCGGUGGCGGCAGAUCAGCACGUCGACGCGGCGACGCUAGAGCGCAUCCUGCACGACGCGUGCGUCUGUGGAUGGGCGAUUGAGCUGCUACAAGCACACUUCCUCGUUGAGGAUGAUAUCAUGGAUGGAAGCAAGGUACGCCGCGGCAAACCGUGCUGGUAUCUUUACCCCGGCGUUACGGCGCAGGUUGCGAUUAACGAUGGCCUCAUCCUCCUCUCCCUUGCAACGCAAAUCGUCUGCCAUUUACUCGCGGGGCGGCCUUUUAUGACGGAGGUUCUGCGCGUUUUACACGAAGUUGAUAUGACGACGGAUAUUGGGCAGUUUUACGACGUCACGUCGAUGGUGGAUUCAAGCAAGCUAAACGCGCACACUCCGCUCUCGAAGACGACCGAUUACUCUGAGUACACUGUGUUUAAUUAUAAAAGAAUCGUGAAAUACAAAACUGCCUACUACACCUAUUGGUUGCCACUCGUGAUGGGGCUGCUCGUGAGCAACAGCUACCAGAAAGUGGACGCCGUAAAGCUAGAGCACCUCGCGAUGGCGAUGGGGGAAUACUUUCAGGUGCAGGAUGACGUGAUGGAUUGUUUCACGCCACCGGAGAAGCUAGGAAAGGUGGGCACCGAUAUCCAAGAUGCGAAGUGCUCCUGGCUCGCCGUGAAGUUUCUUGAGGUCGCCUCCGAGGAGCAGAAACGCGUUUUCAAGGAAAACUACGGACAGCACGAUGAGAAGAAGAUCGCCACUGUGAAGCGGCUUUUUGAGGAGACGAAGUUGCUAAGUCUAUUCCAGACGUACGAGAAGGGGGUUGCGGUGGAGAUGGACAAGUUGAUCAAGGACAUCGCCAAGGGGAACGCUGCGUUUGGACGAAGUGUGCAGAUACUCUGGAAUCGAACCUACAAGCGCGUGAAAUAA